AUGGAUGUACUGCCGCCGCCAAGCGCACUUGAACUUACCGGAAAUGUGGCGGAAAACUGGAAAAGGUUCAAACAACGUUUUCAGUUAUACAUCGAUGCAAUUGGGGCAUCGAAGAAGGACGACAGACAACAAACGUCGAUCCUGCUACAUGUUAUCGGUGAGCAAGCCCUUGACGUUUACAAUACAUUCAAAUGGGAUGAAGAGGGCGACCAGGAAGGGGAUAACAUGCGCCUGGCAAAAGAUUCGCUGGUCAAAGAUAGACUGGUAUGUGGCAUCGUCGCUAAUGUAACCAGAGAACGCCUGCUUCGAGAGGAAGACUUAACUCUUGAAAAAGCAGUCAAAAUCUGCAAGGCUGCUGAACUAGUGAAAGAGCGUUCAAAGGAGCUACAAUCAACAACUCCAACAGUCCAUGCCGUGCAGAAAAAUCCAUCUGCAAAACCAAAACCGCAGGGAGCUAAUAGAAAACCCCAGGCAACAGCUAAGCCACAGAAUGCACCUAAAGGAAAGCCCAGUCGCUGGAAGCCCAGAAAUGAUCAACAGCAACAAACUAGUGACAAACAUCACUGUAGACGCUGCGACAACUGGCAUGUCUCGGGAAAAUGCCCAGCGUACGGUGAAACAUGUGCUUACUGUAGAGGCAAAAAUCAUUUUGCCAAGUGUUGCUUCAAGAAACGCGCACAGGGCCAAGUGCACACAGUAGACAAUGACGAGUACACUGACUUUUUUCUGGACACCAUUACAGUAGAUUCAGUCAAGACACAAGCAAAUGACUGGAUAUUUCCCCUCGCUAUGAAUGGAACAAUCAUACCUGUCAAAUUGGAUACAGGGGCACAGGUGAACAUUUUGCCAGAGACAGACUUCAGUCGGCUGAAAAAUAAGCCACAACUACACCCAGCCACAGAGACACUGAAAGCCUACAACCACAGCCAGAUAAUCGUCAAAGGCAAGUGUGUAGUGACUGUGGACCAUGCAGCACGAAAACCCAAAGUGCUGUUCUUCGUCGUCCCAGGUGAUAAACAAGCAUGCGAACAGUUAGGGCUUGUCAAAGUAGCCUGUGCUGUCACGAAUCAGGAGCAACCCAAAGACCCCAACGACAACUACGCGAACCUGCUACACGAAUACGGUGACAUAUUCGAAGGACUGGGUUGUUUGCCAGGGAUGCACACAAUCAUCAUUGAUGAGACAGCACAGCCAGUUGUACAUGCCUGCCGCAAAGUACCAUUCGCACUCCAUAAUGGUCUUAAGAGAGAACUUGAACGUAUGGAGAGUCUUGGCGUCAUCAGCAGAGUGGAUGAGCCUACCGACUGGGUAAAUUCCCUAGUCGUUGUCAAGAAAAAGAAUGGAGACAUUCGUGUGUGCAUGGAUCCGAGAGAUCUCAAUCGUGCCAUUAAAAGAGAGCACUACAAAAUGCCCACACGAGAAGAAGUCAUGUCACAGUUUGCUGGUGCAUCAUACUACUCCAAACUCGAUGCAUCACAAGGAUUUUGGCAGCUUCAACUAGACGACAAAAGCAGUCGCUUGUGUACAUUCAACACGCCGUUCGGUAGGUUCAGAUAUACAAGACUACCGUUCGGCAUAUCAUCAGCACCAGAGGUCUACCAUAAAACUGUUCACCAAAUCUUCGAGUCAAUCGAUGGUGUCAGUACCUUCGCUGACGACAUCAUCAUCUAUGGAGCAACCAAAGAGGCCCAUGAUCGCAGCCUACGACUGACACUUGAAACAGCACGUCAAGUGAACCUGCCCAAACCAGAAAACAAGCAAGAGCUUCAGCGCUUCUUGGGCAUGGUAACAUAUUUGGCCAAGUGGAUCGCGGGACUCCGCAAAAAUCAGCCCCGCUUCGAGCACUGCUGA